AUGGGAAACCAGCUCUGGUAUGACAACCUGGGGUGCUGCCAUCAAUACCAAGAAAGUAGCCAAAAUGCCGAGGACUUCCUACUCCUGCUUGGUCUCGUCAUUCUUGUCAACAUUGGGAUCGAACUGCACCCCCAGAUGUGGCAUGGGCUCCAGAAUGCCUUAGACAAGACCUUCGGUUGGAUUAAUCAGAAAAAUGAAAUCUUGCAGGCUUGUGAAAGUUUCCCCCAAAAUCCUCCACCCAAGGCCCAAGACGUCCACAUCCACUGCACCCUGGACCCUCUGCGGCCGAAGCCCUCCUGUAAGAGGGAGGACCUGGACUCCUACCUGGAGGAGGAGGAUGACCUUUCCUUCCUACAUCCCAAGUACCAUCGAGGGGGCUGGGGAGGGCUCUACCAGCAGAUGGGCCUGCCCUCCAACAUGAGGCUGUGGGGUCGCCAGGGUGGGAUCCUAGCCAGCCUGACGCCGCCCUCUCUCUACCUGUCACCAGAACUGCGCCGCAUGCCCAAGCGUGUGGAGGCCAAGUCAGAGCUAAGGCUGCAGUCCUACAGGACCCCCUGCUCAUCAUCCCACAUCUGGGGCAACAUGGAGACCGAGCAGUGUGUCUCAUCUCCACCGCCUCCCCGAAGGCUGCCCCCUAACCCCACCUGGGUGCCUGGGGGCCACAGCCCUUACGCCUCAAGGGGCCAGCUCCUGUAUGACUCCUGGGAUCAGCGGCGGCGUGGUCUGGAAGGCUCUGAGCCUCCAUCCGCCCUGGUGACCCGGGGCUCCCGGCCCGAAGCCCAGGAGCAUUACUCCCCACAGUCUCACCGGCGGAGCCUCCCUGGCCAUGCUUACGUUCAGCCCAACCGCAGCCCCCACCCGUCCACAGGUCACCUGAACUACUCCCGGGAUCCCCACGAGGUCCGGCGCCGGGCGGCCGAAUGGGCUGAGGCGCUGCCCCCACGGCACCCUCUGACCACCUCCACCUCCCUCACUGUGUUGGGUGAGGCCUCGUACCAACAGGCCCCGGGGCCCAGCUCAGCCCUGCUCCUCCGAGCCUCCCACCAUCUGCCGGAAGUCCAGGCAACUGAGCCUUCCCCGCCCUCGCCCACCUUCAUGCCACUCAGCCGGACCCCAGGGGGCAAUGCCAACUACCAGGUGUAUGACACUCUGGAGCUGAAGCGCCAGGUGCAGGAGAGCAGAGUGAGGGCCAGCUCUCUGCCGCCUUCCACCUCAGCCUCGAGGCCUUCUCUGCAUAGGAGCCGGACUGGGAAAAUUAACUGACGAGCAGCAAAUGG